GUACGCGUCACGUGUGUUUUGAAAACGCGACGCGACCUGCACUGUGGAUAUUUUCCCUCUAUUGAAGCGAUAUUAAUUCCGUUUGAACAGUAAUGUCGUUUGUGGAGGACGAAGCGUCAGACAGUGGAGUGGACUCGCGCUCGCGGCUGGAAAGCUACGUGUUCAGUUGUGAGUUGUCUUCUGGAGUGCCAUUUUACACAUUUCAGGCAGAUGAAGAUGAAGACGUGGAGCAUUUUCUCGAGCUUAGGACGAUUUGUCUGGGUGAUGGUGCCAAAGAGGAGAAUAACGUGGUGGAAGUGACCGCUAUGAAUCACCAAGGAAAGAAAAUAUCAGUGCCUGUAGCUAAUCUCAACAUUACUUGCCUGCCGAUGGUAAGCCUCGGAGAGUUUGAGUUGAUGGCUCCUGUCACACUGCGUCUGAAAUCCGGAUCUGGACCAGUGACUAUCAGCGGCUUACAUUUAGUUGCCACAGAGAACGAAGAGUCUGAAGUAUCAGAUGAAGAUGACGACGACGAUGAUGAAGAUGAUAGUGAGGAGGAAAUGCCCUCAGUCAAACCAGCCAAGAAAAAGCAGAAGCUUUAAGUCUCAUAAGAUAUGAUUUGAGAUCUUUGCAUCAGACCUUUCCACAUUUUUCUACAUUAGAUUUAAUGUUCUUCUGUGCCACACGUCUGAAUGCGGUGUAGACGUUAAAGGAAUUUUGUACUGUCAGAUGUUGAAUCAAUACAGCCAGCAUCAUAAACAUCUCAUGCUCUGUGUUUUGUUUUUGUUAAACUGUUACUAAUGUGUAUGUAAGUAACUGCCCUCAUUAUACCUCCAGUUGACUCUGUUAGAGGCACUCUGGUGUUUACAGUCCUGUCACCAUGGUGUCAGUGAGACACCUUUCACCUUGGCUUGAUUUUUAGAUGUACAGUCCCUGAAACACUGAAAGAUGCGGCGGACAGGGAACAGCCUGUUAAUCCGCAUCUGCCUUAAACACCAGCAUAUGAUAUGAUGUACUUUUUUGGCAAUCUGGGUUUUUAAAUUUUAGUCACUAUUGAAAGGACUGAUAUAACUUUGCAUGGUGUGUCUGAAGCCGAGAUCAGUCAAGGACUUGCCAUUUUUGUAUUUUUACAGAUUUACUUACAGAUUCUGUAAAUAAAAUUUGUUUUAAUAGAA